CUUUUGCGUGAAGUGUCGGACACCUUUUGAACGAUCAACAUCUGCCAAUUAAAUGACUGAAGUUGAGUAAAUUGUGCUCCAUUUUUAACCUCGAAAGAUAUUCCUAAGAUUAAAAAAAAAUUGGUGAAUUUCACUCUACCGUUUCCGAGUUAUGGACGAUUGAAAAUCAUCCUUUUAUCUUGUCCCACUUCUUGGUGGUUUGUUUUCUUCAAUCUGGCAUGUGAUUCAGACGUGUUCAGACGUGUUUUAUUGAUAGAGUGAAUUUUGGAGUAUUGCGAGAUAAUUAUUGCAAGGUGACUGAAGCUGGCAGGAUGCCACAGGGACGAAGAAAAGCUCCUUUCAGUGGGAAAGCUAAGAAGCAGCAGAUGCAGGCCAAAAACCAUCGAAAACAGGCAUUCUUAAGUAACUUUGCAAAUUUUAUCAAACCUCCCCGGAAGCAAGAUGACGACGCCGAUGAUGAUUCAGACAGUGGAAAAAUUCAAACGAUCAACAAACAACCCCGUGACGCAACUGGUCGAAAUCGGUACGCCCUACAGUUCUUCCAAGAAUCCAAAGAAGAACUCCGGCACCGACAAGAGGCAGCCCGAAAGACUAUUCACCCUCUCCCCUUAGACCAGCAGGAAGUUUCAUCUAACUACUUUCCCGAGGAUGUGGACAUGCCAAAACGUCCGCCCUGGGAAUUUUCCAUGUCUCGAGAGCUCCUAGAUAUGAGGGAACAGAAAUACUUCACAGAAUACCUGUGCCAUCUCGAGAGUAUCAAAGAUAUCAGUUACUUUGAGCUAAACCUCCAGACGUGGAGGCAGCUCUGGAGGGUUCUGGAAAUGUCCGAUAUUCUUCUGAUCAUCGUGGACAUUAGGUAUCCAGUUCUAAUGUUCCCACCUUAUCUGUACAACUACGUAACCAACGAUCUGAAGAAAGACAUGAUUCUGGUUCUGAAUAAGAUUGAUCUAGCUUCCCCAGCCCUGGUCCUCGCCUGGAGGGAGUACUUCCAGCUGCAUUACCCCAAGAUUCACAUUUUGUUUUUCACGUCCUAUCCCAAGUACAAUCUUAGAGGUAAUCAAGAGGACGGUGAGGGAUUGAAGGUGAGGAGACGCAAAGGAAAACUGAGGAUGGCAGCAGAAGGAGCCCAAAAAGUUUUCACAACCUGCAAGACCAUUGUCGCAGACCAGGUGGAUCUGUCGUCCUGGCAGGAGAAGAUACAGGAGGAGAUGCAGAUGGAGUGCGAUCUCGAGGACAUCGAUCACAAGGCGAAUACAAUUCACCUUACAAAGGAGGACACCAGUUACAUUGAGCAUGAAAAAUACAAGAAUGGAGUUCUGACUAUUGGGUGUAUUGGACCACCUAACGUUGGCAAAUCCUCGUUGAUGAAUGCACUGAUGGGGAAGAAGGUUGUAAGUGUGUCCAGGACACCUGGGCAUACCAAACACUUUCAGACCAUCUAUUUGACGAAGACAGUCUGCCUUUGUGAUUGUCCUGGGCUCGUGUUUCCCUCUACUGUUCCUAAGCAACUGCAGAUCCUGAUGGGAUCCUUCCCAAUUGCUCAGGUAAGGGAGCCUUACACCACCAUCAAGUUCUUGGGAGAAAGAUUGGAUCUACCUGCAUUGCUGAGGAUCCAGCAUCAGGAAAACGACGACAGCUGGUCGGCUAUGGAUAUCUGUGAGGGAUGGGCUGCCAAACGAAAUUACAGAACUGCCAGAGCUGCUAGACUGGACACUUACAGGGCCGCUAACUCAUUGCUCAGGAUGACGUUGGAAGGCAAGAUUUGUGUUUUUGUUUACCCAGAAAGGUGGAGUAAGGAGAAGGAGAGAUGGGAGCAACAUGAGGAUGUGAAUAUGAUCAGAUGGAUCCAGGCGAGUGUGAAAGACGGUGUUAGUGAUAACUAUGGGGCUGACGGUGGACAUGAUUCGUAUUCUGAGGACGAUGAAGACGAUAGCGAGAGGAGUGAUGAGGGUGACGAAGGUGGUGGAGAAGAAGGGGAAGAUGAGGACGAUGCUGAUGACGAUGAUAAUGGCAAGCAGCGGGAAGGGUUCGUGGUAUCAGGAAAUAUGUUUGGGGCACUUGCCGAUGAUCAGUAGAGUUUGGGGAGAAGAUAGAGGGAAUGAAUGAGUAAAUUAAAAAAAAUAGUGAUAUUAUUUUUGGGCUUUCUGAAGAGCCACGCAUCUGAAUUGCACACAUUUGUUGCGAAAACGUUUUUAGGAAGGGUGUGGGAGUUCAGUACACCCCAUUUUAUUCUGCAGGGAAAAUGUUAAGGAUGUUCAGGGGUAGUUGUGCAGGUUACAAACAUUACCUUCUGAACUUUUGUGAUAAAUCCAAGAGUUCUCGAUUGAUAAUUAUGUCGCAUUAACGCAUACAUUAAUUUACACGUACGAAAUCAUUCAACGAAAAUUAUAUAAACUGUCCAGACUAAAAUUAAGUAUUAAAAUGCUCUUCACUCCACCAAAUUCUCUCUGAACAGUUUCCCAAACUCUUUCAUCGAAAUUUUUCGUUUCAAUGAUGGUAAAAAAAUCUCCAAUGACGACGAGGGGUUGAGAAAAAAUUUACCGAAUCAAGAAUCAAUUAACUUCAUAGAGUGGGCCUUAUGAUUGUUUAUUCUCAUUAAAUCAUUCUUUAUAUGUCAUAUGAAUGAUGGUCCAUUUACAAGAAAUAGUAAAAAAAAAACAUUCUUUUCACUUUUAUAAUAAUUUUACGUAAAUUAUUUACGUUCAUUAGGAUUCAUGCAGCACGAAGUUGGGCAAGUAGUGCUUCGUUCUUUCGGCACUCAAUAGUCAGCUGUCGCACUGCGGCGACGUAUUUCCUCUGCUGCUCGACAAGUGCUACUAAGUCUUUAUUGAGAUUAAAACGCCUCUCUUUUUCUUCUGCGCAUUUUUUUUCAACCUGUUGUGAUUAUCAGUAAGAAAGAGAAAUAAAUUUUUUCAUAAACUUAGCCCUGUGAAUACCAAAUAUUUGAUUUUAAAAUCUACCAACCUUCUCUUUAUUUCGUUUGACUCCAGCAAUUAUAGCCUCGAAUUGUUUAAGAAAUUGUUCUUUACCACUUGUAGAUGCCAUUGCUCUGGAAACAUUAUGGAUAUUUCGAGAUGAUGUUUUAAUUUAUAAAGAAAAAAUAGGAUUGAGCAUUUUCUAAAAUUAUAAUUUGUAAAACGUGAAAAAUUAAAUUUUCUAAUCAAAUAUCAUUUCUCCCGUUUUACUGUUUCCAUUUGUUUACGUCAUACUCACUCGUUGUAGUUUUCUAAAAUUGAAUUCAGAAGUGAUAGCUCCUUACUGAGAUAAAGCUUCGUAUCAUCUAAGGUAUUAUAAAGAGUGUAAUAUUGUUUAGUCUCUUUAUGUUUUGUUGAAACUGCAGGAAGAAAAACAAAUUAUUUUCGGAUGUUUUGCAAAUGUAAACAUUUCCAAUUGUUAGUAAUUUGCUUCCAACGAACUAACCUUGAUUAUAAAGCUCCAUGAAUCGCCUCUGAUACUGUGUCAACUCAGACCGCCCGGGCACGUCAUCCAACUGUCUCAUCAAGGAGGCAAUCGCACGAUUUUUCUUAGCUAGUAGCAACCUAGUUUUGCUGACCGACUCCGUCAAAGCGUCGUACUCAGCCACACGAUUUUGUUCCUCUUGGGGUUCACAAACUUCUCCACAGUUUUCCACUAGCUUCUGGAGGUAGAGUAAAUCAGAUUUGCAUUGUUCUCUGAACUUGUGCUCUUGGUCUUUGAGGCCUGCAUGAACUGCUAGCAAUUCCUCCAAUUUCAAUAGGGUUCUAAACAAAUAAUGCGAUAUUAAAAACAUUUUCUUUCUUCCAAUAAAAUCAUUUACGAAUUUUCACAAUCUCACUAGAAAAGGAUUUUGUACCGAAAAACAUGGGAUUCUCAAAAAUUCAAAGAAUUUCAUUAAUUAUUUAUCAGCAAUUAGUUAAAUAGUAUUUUUAAUAAUACCCUUUGUUCUCCUCUGUUUCCAUCUCCUUCAUCCUAACAAACGCAUCCUCGACACUUUCGCGAUUUGCCUGUAUUUUCUUCAAUUGUUCAGUCUCCUCAGAAAUCUUGAGAAGUUGCCCUUCUCUCUCUUUCUUUAGCUUCUUUACCCGAUUUUGGAGAUUGGACCUUUGUUUCUCGAGAGCUGCUGAUACCCUAGACUCACUAGAUGCAUCCUACAGAAACAAAACGAAUCAAUCCAGCGAACGAAUCAGUAUUUUCAUAUCACAACACUACAGAACAUUGAGUCAGGCUAAAAGAGGAACUUUUUCGAUCUUGAAAAAAUCCUCACCAUCUACAGAAUUAACAAAAGUUGAUUGAAGAGAACGUGAGAAAUAAAAAAUGUAAUCACCCCAUCCUCAACAGAUAACGAUGCAUAUCUCUCCGAAACUUCAACAAUUUCCUGUGCCUGCAGUCCCACAAUACUCCCCACAGCACUAGCACUCAGUCUAUCCUCUUCCAAAUGCACCACCUGGCCUCUAACAUUUAGGGAGUCAGCCCCAAUUUCAUCAGUACUUUGGGAACCUCCAUGAUCACUUUCUAAGCCCUUAGGGGCUGUUGUAGUGACUGGCAGAAUUCCGUACUCCAAUAAAGUGCUCUUCACCCUCGCGGUUUCAUUUGUCGGUGCGGCAGUUGUUCUUUUAAACCUUCUUCGAGGUUCGUACGCUCUUCUGGCCGAUUGAAUGUUAACUUCAAUACUUUCUUUCGCAUCUUCACGUUCUGACUUCCGGCCAGAAAAAUGGAGUUUGUCAAACUGAUUUAUUGCGAAUUCUCGAACGAAACCAGCAGUUUCUUUUCUCAUUUCUAUUGAUCUUUUCACGAGCCACUGAAAAAUUCAAAUACAAAAAAUCAUAAAUAAUGACUGAGUAAUGAGACUCACGAGGAACUGCUUGAAAUUAUGCAUUGUGAAGGAAUAGAAUAUCUUGUGAUGGAGGGAGAAUAUUUGAUUCAAUUGCGAGUUGUGAAAUAAUGAAACUUUCUUGCACAUUUACCUGUAUAACUGGAAAUAUGUGAAUACAAUCUAAUCCCUGUAUCUGAUGGGGUUCUAUUCGAUGAGGACAAUUCAUUUUUGGGAGCAUUACUACGAUUUUUUCAGUCAACGCUCUGGAAUCAAUUUACCAAUAAAAUUAACAUUCUAGAUCACAUUCGUUAAAGUUAUUUAAAUUUCUAUCGACCAAGUUCGGUAUUUAUUUUGAAUCUAAAAAUAUUCCCUGAGGAAUAAUACCAAAUUGAACGUAUGAAAUCUACAAACGUGUUAAUCUUACAUUUUUUGUCCAAUUGUUAAAUUUUCAUGAAACAGAAGAUUAACAUCAACAUCGAAAUUGCAAGACUCGAUGCACCACGUCAUUCCUCCAACUACCUGUCAUAUAGAAGAAAAUUUAAUUAGUAUAAAAAAUAAUUACUCUGGACAUUGACGAAAAUAACCUUGUCAAAGUUUGAUAAUCCCUUGAUCCUAGCCCUGAAAUAUCCAGCAGCCACCAGGAGAUCAACAAUUUCAUUGAACUUGACAGCCUGUUCCUCAUCCUCUCGAACAUCCGCCUAUAGCACCAUAAAGUGAUUUAUAAUGAAAAAGACAGUAAUCAACAAUCAAGGGAUUGUCUUCAUUUACUGUGUUUUUAACUAUCUUUCGUGUUACCUCGACAACGUCGGAGGGUGGAACAGAACUCUUGGAUCUCUCUCCGAGCAUUCUGAACGUUCAGAAUGAUCUAUCAACAAUUUGUCGAGUUGAAAUUUAAUGGUGUAACAUUUUUGAGCGAAUUGUGGGUGUUACCGGAGUCUAAUCAUCGCGAUAUUUGUCGUCAAGUUUACAUCCGCUCUACUUUAUCGAUAAACCAGCCGUUCAGGAUUCCCCUAGUACUAGGGUGCCUACGUUGACGUCAUGAUCAAAUGUUGGUGUUGAGACCGAGGCCGCCAGAAUCGACAGUGGCGUCUCUCGCCGCGGGGGUCAUCACUAACAUUAGUGUGCGUCGAUUCUGGUGGAUGGGUGAGCUGCCCGAGCAUUCACCGGCUCAUUAAAAAAAUACUGUACGUUGCUAAUCAACCAUGUACAUUAAUUAGUUUUUCUAUCCACCACCUCCCGCUGGCGAGGUACAUUGGGGUGCACACACGCUCUCAGUCGAGUCUACAGCUUCUUGUAUGCUAUUAGUGUGGUAACUGUUCACCUUUGUGCAGCCGAAUGAAGAGGGCGUCUUGUUGUUCAAGGCCACAUAAUUGCAAUUAGAUUUUCAGCGUUUGUCAAAGAUUACAGGGGAGAUUGUUGACGCUUAUGGAGCGCCGAUGGUGAAGGAAAGGCAUUACCACGAAGAAGGUGGCUAACUGGGCUGGGAGGGUUUGGGUGUAGGAGGCCCAGAAGCCGAGAAAAACGUGAGAAACGAAAAAAUUGAUUUUAGAAUAUUCCCGGAACCCUAGAAACAUCACAAAUCGUCUCACGAGUCCGAUGUCGUUGACUCGUGCGACGAUUAAGAAGAAAACAAUUUCCCUACAGGAAAAUGCUUGCCACGAAAAUGUGAACAGUUGAAGGCGAAGAUGAAAACGAUCCAUAAAUCAUGUUAUCCCGAAACUACGCAGUUCGGGCCUCACUGAACGUAAGUCCCUCUUCAGCUCUUUUUUCUACGUAGCUUUCUCUGGUGGCUUCAGUGUAACAUGAGACACUUAGGAACGUAAAAUCUUUCCCACAUGAAUUUUCGUCUAAAGAUAAAAUGAAAAAUGUCUUUCAUUUUCCUCCCAAAAAUAUGAGAGUUUCUUUGUUCUCUUGGCCAGGGUGCCCUGGGCCUUGGUUGAUGUGGGGGGUGCAAUCUGAACGUCAUUCCAUUGAGUCCAGCGUUACAAAAAAUUAAGAAAAUCUUCUGUUUAAAAAAAGGCUUAAAAAACGGUUGAGAGUUAAUUGUAAAAUAAUUUUGUAUAAUUCGUAAAUUGACCCUCUUCAUGGCACUACCGGAGAAGCCUUCGGUUAUUGUUCACAUCGAAUGGAGGGAAUAUUAAUAAUUUGUAGUAAACAACAACAAUUUCUGCAAAUGGAUUGUUCAUUUAUUAAAUACAAUAACAUUUUCUUUUCAUGUUACAAUGAAAAAUAAAAUAACAGUAUGCAUUGAAUUGAAAAAUAAACAGGUACCAAAAACUCGUCACAUGGUUUUAUCUACAGACAUGAUGAAAAUUUCAAAAGGGAAAAUUUACCAAAAAUUUAAUGAUGAUUUUUAUCGCACGACACUGACGCAUGAAUAUGGCUAAUCUACGUGUAUCAUUUAACCUUGAAUUAUUGUAAUCGAAUCGCCAAAUCUCGAUAAAAACUAUCUCAAAAAUCUCCAACAAUUCAUAUCAUAUCACUAUUUCCAUCUAAAGUUACCGUAAAUAUUACCAACAAUUUUGUCUAUACAAUCACCGUUAAUGACUCAUUAUUUCUACGAAGCCAUCACGUUAUUUAAUUUCCAAAAAUCAAGUGUUCUGCAAUGAUCCACAAAACAUCGGAAUAUCCAAAAAUAUGUGCCUGCGUCAAAAUCUAAUUAUCCAAAUUCACACAAUCGAUGACAAUAGAAAAUCACUCAAAAAAUCAGUCUGUCGGUACCGCUCAAUACUCAUCUCAUAAUACAUCAUAAAAAACCCAAAAAUAUGGUCAACUUGAAAAAAAAAAAAUGUCAUACUGCUAUUAUCUAUCACUAUUCUCUCAUUUCAUUGAAAUUUUGUAUCUCUCAUAUUAGUCUAUCCCCCGCAUAAGCGAAGAAAAUACUGGCGGUUCUAGACGGCGAAACUAAUUUACGGAAGAAUACAGUUACAAAAAGAAAACAUCUCAUACGAUAAAAUUCUAACCUAGAGGCACAGUCCCGAGAUUCUGGCCAGACCGGCUAUUCACAGACGUCAAAAAUCAUGUUAAUUGAUCACUGAAUCGCGUUAACUCUCCGAUCCCUCGUUUUGGCGUCAACCGAGAUAUACAGAAUAUUCACAGAAUCCCAUCAUCUCAGCCGCCAUUACCGAGUCGAGAGUCACAAAAUGGCGCCGAUUCGACAGCAGCUCCUAACAGGAGAGGUAAACUCUCGCUCUGAAAAAAAAAUGUUUUUUUUCUUGCACAAGGAAGCUCAGUCGAACUCAGCAGCAGCCUACAGUUCCACCAUUAGUCAAGGAGCUCCGGCUCUCGUGUCGUCAACAGAACUAAAACUUAAGUAGAAUAACCCCUCCGGUUUGUCAUCUAGUACCUAAAUAUGGCGACACAAUUUACUCUACGCUCGUUCAUUUGAUUGAUGUAUAAAAUAAAUAAAUCCGAGAGCCGUAGUUGACGUUAGUUACCCAUAAAUGGCGCAUGUGCAAGCCCCGAAUUGCCGUAUUCGUGGCAUCAAUGAGAGUUAUUGUUUGUGUAUUACUUAUUGUUGUAUGUUGUUUGCGGCGUGCCACGCAUUUAACGCGAAAUAUGCGAUCUAUUUAUUGAGACGCAGACAUCACGUCGAGCGUCUCAAUUGCUGGUGUCCUGUGUUAUUUCGUGAAUACUCGUGUAUGUACCCGUGACAAAGCCGAGUACACCGAAGAGGAUGAUGAGAAUAUUCUUCCACAGUCUCCAGUUGUAGCGACCAAGGCCAUCCUCUUGCUCCCAGACAGUUACCAGUUCUAUUAUGGAGGGGAACAUGAGGCCAAGGGUUGACAGGCAGACAGCCCCGACGAGGGAGAUGAAGGGACCGAGAUUGGGAACAGCAAUAGCAAUGCCAACGGUGCAGAUCACAAGGAAAACCCUGACAAUGUACUCAACGUAUAGUUUACGAGCACCAAAAUGGCACUUGAGAUUCUUCCAGAUGAUUUCCAUGGGAACGUAGAAUUGAAGUCCAUAGGUGAAGAAUAUGGCAAUGGCAAUCAUUACCUUGACAGAUUGACCGAGCUUCUCGUCGACGGGAAGAUCCAGGGUGAUGGAGGCGUGGGUGCCCUCUCCAUAUCGAAGAUAACCGAAGAAACCGACUGUACUGUAGAGAGUGACAACGCAUAACAUUCCAAUGUUGAGGACGCCGGGACAACCGAUGAAGUGAGUUGGAGUCUUCAUGUUGUUCUCGAGGGGCAUGACCUAUUGAUCAAACAAAUCGAGGGGUCUUUAAUAUCUUGGUCUUGGUUGGGGGGUUUAAUAUCUUGGUUAUUAAAUUUCGUUUCAUGAGGAAUACUUACAACACCGAUUCCCUCCAAAGCGAAGAUCGCAGUGCCGAAGAACAAUGGCAGUUGUGAGAAACUCGAGAAAGCCGGUACAGUCUUGAACUGCGAGGUAUCCCUGAAGAUGUAGUAGAAAGUGAUGCCCAUACCAACGGCUAUGAGGGCAUUAGCCAGCAUUGAAAAUGGUGCUAGCCACUUUAAAUUUCUCACCAAGCACAAGAGUAACAGUGGUGGCAAAAGCAUUGCCAUGUAUAUUCUCACAUCCCAGUCCUGAUGGGUGUAGUGAUUGACCACAUCAUGAAGAUUGUUGGCUACGAACACUAUGUAGACACAGCAACAACCGAGAAGAUCGAUCACUAGGAACGAAUUUAUUGUCGCCCUGAAACAGAAAGACAAUUUAUUUAGACAACACCGAAAUGACAUUGUAAUGAGCAAUUUUCUACAACUAAUGCUCAAGGACAGUUUGACAACUUACUUUGCAAGUCUGGCGUACUUUUGGACCGGUUCAGGCCCAACGAGAAAAGCCGCUUCAGCAACAUCAGCAAAUCCCAAACUCGGUGUUUGCGUACGUCUGCACAAUGCAUGAGCACACUUAACAAGUAUGUGUACACAGUAAGUGCAGACAGCGCCGAUGAAAAAUGUGGCAAAUAGACCGAAGAAUAAUCCAGCAUUUUUGAAUGCCAGUGGCAUGGCAAGAAUACCAGAGCCCAAGCUACCCUUGAGCAGAUGGAUGAGGGUGUCAAGAUCAGACGUUGGAUGGGCCAACUUCCUGUGCUCAAAUGGAUCGUAAAGGGCUGCUUCCUCGUCAUUUGGCCGCUCCACCAGUGGCAGGGUUGAGCCAUUCUGAACGGUUAUUGGUACUUCAUUUUUCUCGCACUUGUAUCUGUAAUACAGGGCCCAUUAGAAUGACAUUUUGGAAGGCUCAAUAAACAUCAAAGCACAUCAUACGUUUAAGAAAAAGACUUGAAUUGUUUUUCGAUACGUACGUGCUUAUGCCUGAUAAUUUUUGAGCUUUUGCUUCAUUAUUGUAAUUAAAUUUUUUAAGUCUUAUCAGUGUGUACUUAGGUUUACAAUCAUGAGUCUCAGGUUGCUCUCGCGCUGCACAAUUUUCAUGUUCCUUGAAGUUUAUUUCAAAGGUACAUUAUAUAUUCAAACAGGAUUAGGAUGGGUUUUCUAUCAGAUGUAUCAAUGUCAAUAGUGUAUUGUGAGUAUGUGGAAGCUGAUGAUCAAGCCGAAUGUUGAAGGAGGGGGUAGAAUCAUUCAACAAGCUGGUGUUAUUCCUGUCUAUGCGAGAUAUCAAUGUUAACAAUUUAAAUGAGAUGGAAUGCCAAUCAGCUUGUUGCAUAAUUUCACUCAAUCGCACAUGUGUUGUAUUAUCAUUAGUUUUGCCUAAGACCAUGAUCAUCGCCUAACGGUACGUUGAGAGCCGACUAUAUCAUGCAAGAACAAAGGUUCCUGACUCUGGUAGAGUUAGAAGUGGUUGUUACACUCGGAUAAAAGAAAGCCCGUUUCCAAAUUCGUAUCCCCCUCUCCCAAGGUAAAUUUACUUUUCGUCGUUUUCAAUCGCAAAAUCGUACGCUCACUCCAUCCAAUUGUCCAUUCUCUCAGACACUACCCCCUCUUUCUUCGAUCUGCCAAGAAAAAUUGUAAAUGAGUUACAAAAAAAAAAAACCAUCACCAUUUAACAGUCUCCAACCGAAAUUGUUACGCAUUGGAAAAAUUACCGAUCGAUUAAUUUGCAACCCUGUCAUGCCAAUAGUGUGUACUCAUGAAUAUUUUGUUAUAACGUGUUUCAAGUAACAAUUCAUAAUCUUUUAAUCUACCUCAAUUAAAUUAUAAAUAAAGAAGUCACAAAAAUAAAAAAAUAAUUUAUUUAUCAAAUAUUAAUGAUAUAAACGUAAAUGAUAGAGAGGUAGUGUAGGUACCCAUUGAAUUCUCCAUAAAGAUGUGUGCCGGGUGGCUUCAAUAAUAUUUUUUUUUUCCUAAUUUUAUCGAUUAUUCGCCGCCCGAAGAGCUCAAAAAGCCUCGGCCCAGUGUCACGUGACACAUCAGUUGCUCAAACACAGCAACACUCGUGUGCGUGUUAUUUACUUUUCUAUUUUUUUUUUUCGUUUGUUAAUAUUAUUCUUUUUUUUUUCUAUAACACACACAUGUUUUUUUAUCUGCAUUUGUGUUUUUGCGGGUGUCUCUCAGCUCUGGCCAACCACCGCACUGCAUCAACCGACGCCGCCAGCGCCACCGACGCAGUACGACGACUAACAAGC